AUGGAAGGUCUCGGUGCUCUACGAGGAAUGAUUCAAAGUUGGUUGUUUACCGUUGAUGAAUUGACAAUCAUCGACCCAACUGCAUUCGCCGAGAUUCAGCGUCCCAAAAGAGCAAUUCACUCGUCACCACAUGAUUUGCAUCUCUACUUGAUUUCCUCUGCCAUUCAAGUCGUCGACAUUGUCGACGGCGAGAUGUCUCUCAUGCUCCGUGCUGCUGAAAGAUUGGAAAGCCCUCAAGUCACUCAACUCCAGAUUUUGGUUGAUGAGUUAAUUAACUCUUUGGGUUGCCUUCAACAAUUAAUCGAUAAGUAG